AUGAGCGGUAAACCUACAACUCCAGUGCAGUCCCCUAAAAUCCCUAAGGUUGUCAAGAUGGAUACACCUUCAACACCACCAUCGACCAGAAGACUGAAACGUCACAGCACAACCUACCUCAAGACGCCUGAACAGGUAGAUAUAAUACCCUUCUCACCCUCGAAGAAGAGGUCCAGCUCGGUAUACAAGUCUCCAGAUUAUAAAUUUCAUAACGUCCAGUCACCAUAUUAUGCAUCCAGCUUAUUGAAAACUCCAAGACAUUCUCAAUAUGACGAUGAAGAAGGCGAAGGUAUAAGCAAGUCACAGAAAACUCCUCAGUUCUUUUCCCCUGGUAAAAGACUCUUCGCUGAGGACAAUAGUCAGCAAAGAGAGGAAUUGUCCGAGAUUAGUUUGCAAUUGAAAAAUAAGUUAAGCAGUGCCUUGGGCAAGUUGCAGCAAUCACAGCAGCAGAACAAACUGCUAAGUAGCAGCAAGGUAAUCAGUGAUAUGUCACCUGUACCACAGAUGCAAAUUCAAAGAGCCAACCUUAAUUUGCAGACCCUCCAACAAUCUCCUUUACAAUAUUCACCACCAAGGGUGUCACCACCAAGAGUACAAACUGAUGGUGGUAGACAGCUUUUCCCUCAAACCCCUAUCCAACACCAAGAACGGGCCACGCAAUUAUCGAAUUCGCCAAGUUUCGAGAGGAUAAAUAUUCCUUCGCCAGAUGAAGAGACUAGUGCACACAAUGCGCUUAUGGCAGCUUUGAGUCGACAACAAAAAAGAAGAUCAAGAUCAUCCUUUCUGAAUAGCUCUCCUGGUAAAGCAGUAUCAGCAUUACGGAGAAAUUCAGCCACGGGACCUGUAGUUCCUCCAAAUGCAACCGGAAAUGUAGAUGGCGGAUCCAGGCUUCCUCCAAUCAAUAUGGCGCUAAACACGGAAGUCAAUGAGCGUGGAAAGGAUAAUGAGCAAGAUGCUGUAUUGUCAUUAAUGUCACUUUCAUCGCCGCAAGCCGUAAAGUUUACCCAUAGCCGGUCACAUAGUAAUAUCACGAAUGGCAGUGGCUCCCCAGUAAGUUCUAGGGCCUCAUCUGUUGCGAUUGCUAGUCCAAGUGUGCAGCAAUCUGGAGUGCAAUUGCCGCCAAUCAGCGGCUUAAUGUCACAGUAUACAAGGCAGCUGCUGAAGAUCGAAGACAAUGAUGAAACAGACGUUGAAGAGAACGACGAAGAUGAAACGGAUAAUGAUGACGAUAAUGAUGACUAA